AUUAUUUUCGGAAUGAUAUUUUAACAGAGACGCCAGGGUGGUGUAUCUUUUUAUUUUAAAACAUUUUCCAACGACAUAAGCACGAUUAUGGGAGUUUCUGCGCUUGGAACGAUAGUAAGGGGUCAUGCCUCCACGAUAGCGAUUUAUCACCGUUGCAUUUCUUAUUGUUUAUUUAUAACCGACUCAUUACCGUUUAAUGGAGAAAGAGAAUUUUAUUCAUGUGAACCCCGUCAACGAACUGUACGAACGCUCGUGAACAAAGUCGAAAAUCUUAUCAGAUUGAAUUUAACCAUGGAGAAUGAGGGAUCUCCAUCCGUCAUCAUAAACGAGUCGACGGAAGGUAUACGAGGGUGGAUAGAAUCGGUGGUAAUCACAGCAUCGCAAACCUCUGUGGGUCAAGCAUUGUUCAAACUCCUCGAUUCGUUUUUGUGGGUCGUCGAAAAAUCCGCUCAGUGGAGUUUACCGUCUCACGAAGUCGCAGCAGAAGAGAAUGGAAAGGUGUUUGGAAAAAUUGAACUGGUCAGACCAUUGCCAUGGGUCCUUUUUCUACCAGGAUUGGUCAUCCUUCGCAUCAUCAGGGUGGGAUUGAACGUGGGUGCCUUCGUGCUGGGCUACCCAAAAAUCCAACCAAGUGGAAUGGUAAAAUUUGUUCAGAAAGGCCGCAGACGAUUAAGAGCCUUUAAUUUGAAAGCAGUGAAGUCUGUCAGACGUACCAGCAAGGACAAGAGAUUGACGAUGAUCGAGGCGAAGAAAGCCCUGAUCAGAUCUAUCAGACUGACUCUGUCGACAUUGUCUUGUCUGGAUUCGUCUAACUCGUCGCCGUCGCCUCCGCCCACCAAAAUUCAUGUAAGCAAGAUGGAACUUGAACCGAUGGCUACUCCAGAUGAAAAAUCGACUACAGAAUCAGUCGGAAGUCCCAUAAACACGAAAAUCAAGCGGAAGUUCUCCGAGGUGAGUUCCGACAACGAAAGCACUGAUGAAUCAGAAACUGAAACCCUGGAUACAAAACUCGAGAGACUCGCACUGGAAAGUAGCACGGAUGAUCCUGAUUUCAAUCCAGCCGAAUGCAGCACGGAAUCAAGCUCGGCGAGUAGCGAGAACGAAGUGGAAAAGGAAAUGAGCUUUGACGAAUUGGUGGAAGUUCAAGAAGAAGCUAAAGAAUUCUACAACAGCGGCGAAGAGAAGCCUCUCAUAAUAUCUCUUGAAAAUCUGAAAAGGAAUUCGAGGAAAGAUGAGGAGUUGGGAGAAGAGGUGAAACACGUGGACAGUUCGGAAUCCAAGGUGGAAACAGUCAGCAGCAUAACAAACGAAUUCAUCAAUGGAGAAAUCUGUUCCACGAUUGAUACACGAUUGACAGUUCUUCCAGAAGAAGUACCACCACCAGCACCUGUACUAGCACCAGCACCUGUACCAGCACCAAUACCAUCACCAGCAUCUGAACCAGUACCAGUACCAGUACCAGUACCAGUACCAGUACCAGCACCAGCACCGGAAGUCAUCGAGAAAGUGUCCCCCAAGAAAUCACCCCCGCAAAUUCCAGCAGCGUCUCAUUCACGAAAUUUCAUUGCAAAAGAAAACUCGUCCACGAUUCCAGAAAGAAAAGGUUACAAGCACAAGAAACCAGGCCGAAGAGAAACCAAGUAGAGGACCCUCUAUGCUGGAACCGGAAAUAAGAGUCCUUACACGUUGAUUUUCACGAAACGAAUUUUCUUUCUUCUGCUUCUUAUUCAUCUUUUUUUUUCUUUUUUUUUUUAACGAACGUUGGCGAGAUUGUAAAGAAUCAAUUGAUAGAGAAACUCGUUAAUGAUUAUUUUUAUUAUCAUUUCUUUUUAUAUAUUCAGGAAAAAUAGUUUCGUAAUUUCGCGACGCGAUGACGGCACGUUUCUUCUUUCUUUUUCAUUCAUAGCGAUAAGAAAUUGAGAAAGAUGGUUAAUUAAAAAAUAUUUUACAAACAAUUGCUGCGAUUCGAUUAAACAAUUUUGUACGUUUGCGUGUUUAUGAACGAGUGUAUGUAUUUACGUAUUAUUAAUUUUUCUUUUGUAACAGAAAUAUGGUUAUUUAUUCAACUCAUUUUUUCAUCGGUAUAAUAUUUGUUCAGCAAAGAAAUAUGUUCAAUUUCAGGCUGUAUCAUUUUUCUCUUUCUCUGAGAUUUCUUUGAAAUUUGCGAGUACGUCAGUGUAUAUACGACUAAUCUUAAUAAACUUUUCGUAUGAAAAAAUAUUAAA